CUUGCAGUGUGUGCGCUAACUGUGCACAUGCAGUACAGAUGUGUUGAUUGUGGGCCUACAAUAUACUAUUGUGAGGCUUGUCUCGGAGAUUCUCAUUUGAUGCGCAACAUUUUUCACUGUGCUGAAAUCUGGGAGGAUGAAAUGUACAAGCCAGUAACUAUCGAGGGACGGUGUAUUGAUGUCUCUCCUAAUCACCAAUGUUCCACAAAGAAGGCAGUACCUAUUUGCUGUAUUGACACAAAAGGGAGUGAGCACAGAAUCCAGUUAUGGUGUUGUGAAUGUGAGACUGUAUGUGAAACAAUGAUACGAGCUCGUCUAUGGCCAGCAAGCCCAAGAUUCCCAGAAACAGCAUUCACUUUUGAGCUACUAGACUGGGCCGAGUCGCUUCUUCUGGAAUGUCAAGUAGCACUUGGUGACUUUUGCAGGUCAUUAUACUUUAAUUGCCCACAUUUAGUGAACAAGGUGUGUGGUAUGAUUUGAUGUGAUACUUUCAUUACACUGUUUUUGUUUCUGUUAGAGAAGAGACAUUUAUGCUUCAAUGAUCGACGCUUUUGAAGAAUACAGUAUAUAGGUAUUUGAAAAUGGAACUCCGGCAUAUGAGUUUCAUGAGCCCAAAGCUUGACAGUGGCAACAUCUGUCCAGCUUGUCCAAAGGUAAGUUGAAAGUACUUGUAUUUCUGAUCACCUUUCCUUAGAAUGACGGAAGCCUUUUCAUUUCAAUGGAUGCUUUGUUUGGUCUACCCCGAAAAAAGUCUGCUGGGAAGAGCCACAGGCCUCCACUUCAUGACUCUCUAUUUUUUAAAGAUCAAAGCAGUGUUGAUGAGUAUGUGUCAAAUUCUUCCGAGAUUAGGGAACUACAUUGCACAGAGUAUGUUUAUCAUUAAUAAAUGCCAGUUACUGUAUCACACACAGACUUGUAAUGAUUUCCUUGCUGGAAGUGCAUUGAGAUCUGCAAAUAGAUACUGUGCCCUCGAUGAGACAGCUGUGUUUGGAUCUGCCUGUAGACAUGAAUUUCCCCUCAUGUUUAUCAAUUUGAAGCAUGGUGAAAGGUUGUCAUAUGCAAAGUGGUUGCUGCUAGAAAUGGUUCAGAAUUAUCCCACUCAGAAACUUAAUAUCAUGUAUGAUAUUGCUUGCAAGCUCCAUAAAAACUUAUUGAAAUCAGAGUGUUCUGAAGUCUUAGAGAAAAUUGACCUGUCAAUUCCAUCGUUUCAUGCAUUUGGUCACAAUGCACAGUGCCAGGCGGCUUAUGGACCUACUCGACGAAUAGAGUUAGGGCUCUCAGAUGGUGAGGUAAUGGAACGUUUGUGGUCAUACCUGCGACGGUUCUCUCGAAUGACGAAGGAAAUGCGACCAUCUCACCGGAUUGAUGUACUCACUCACGCAUUGUUGUUUUAUGGAUCUAGAACGAAGCAAAAAUUAGGGACUUUGCUGGCUAACCGCUGGAAAAAGGCAGAAGGGCUUAAACUUGCUGCGCAAAGUUCUUAUGAGGAACUCACAUCCUCUUUACCAGAAACUGUCACUGAGGACAAUGUGAAACAGUGGGUUGAAGAGGAUAGAGUUCUUAUCUCUUCCUGUGUUGUGGCGAAUUCCGGACAAGCUGACUGGAAGAUCACCUAUGUUCAGCUGCUGCACACUUUGUGUACAGAAGAUCUGUCAACACUGCAAUAUAUAAGACUCAAGAAACAACUAGAGGAAUUUGAAAAAAAGCACGGGAUAGCUGCUCGCUGGGAUACCAGUGACCCCCAGUACAUUGCAGCAAGAUCAAUCGACUUGAAAGAGAAGCAGCACCAAUUGCAGCUCUCACUUUGGUCUACUGUUUGUCGAAGACAGUUUCUUGUGAAAACAAAAGCAAAGUAUGCAGAUGGUUAAAAGAUUGCUAAAAGACUUUGCAAAGGAAUUUCCAAAGAAACGAAAAAGGCCAAUAAGAUUCUCUCUGAACACCACCACAUUUCUCUACAAUUGGACCCAUCAUACUCAAAGCCAAACAUCUCACAAGUUCUUUCUCCAGACAGCACUGUGUGGCAGCAAAGAUUUGAUGGAGCCCUUGUAUCUACACAUAUGCCACAGUGUGUAAAACGUGAUAUCAUCGAAGCAUACUUGUUGAAAGAACGAUG